AUGAAAAUUCCAGAUAGAGUAACCCUCUACCUAAUUGGCAGCACACCCUUAUUCUUCCAACAUAUGACCGAUGCUCUCCUUCCCCAUCUAAAACUUGUCCACCGAUUCCCAACCUGCUUCCCUAGCAUUCGUAUCGAUCGCGGCGCCAUUCGAUUUGUUCUCUCGGGAGCUACCCUCAUGGCCCCAGGUCUCACAUCUACAGGCGGCAGAUUACCUAAUGGUAAUACAGAAGAAGAGGGUGUAUAUGGGGAAACUGGAGAAGGAGAGGGAUGGUAUGGAGGAAGAGAAUUAGAAACUGGUGAACCAGUGGUUGUUUGUGCAGAAGGCAAGGAGGAAGCUUGUGCGGUUGGACUCUUGAGUAUGGGUACGAAAGAUGUUAAGGAGAAGGGAAAGGGGCCCGUGGUGGAGGAUGCGCAUUAUUUGGGAGAUGGAUUAUGGAGGUUGAGCACGGAUUAG